UUCGCACGUGGCAGAUAUGCCAUGCAUCACCAGUGUCAAUAUUCCUUGAGCUGAACGAUGACGCGGUGAAUGGAGAGGCUUCAUCUGUUAGCAGUCGACAUCUAAACGCAUCAUUGACCAGUUGUGGAGCCCUGUUGGCUAUUGGAUCCCUCAAUAAGGGGGAGUUUCUGGUCGUUUCGGAACACGUGUUGGGCGGGAAUAGCUAAAUUUCAAACUCGUGGAUUUGCAGCCGGCAUGUUUCUUUUGUAACCGGUUGGAGUUGGUACGAUUUUAAGUGAGGGUUGUAUCUGCAGGAUCAGAUUCAUCGUCUUUAAUUUAAAAGGCCGACCGUGAGGAUAAUUCAGAUGCAUUUACUGCAUUGUAGUCUGUGGAUAUGUUAGACUAGAUACCUUUUACUAAAAGGCAGUUGAUAUACUAUAUAUCGUACGUUGCGCAUACCCGUUAGACUAGUGGCUAGUUUAUGUCAGUGGAUAUUUGUAAACGUAUAUAGUGAUUAGUGGUGGACGGCGUCGAUACUUGAAGCAUUCACUGGCCGACGGACUGUGGACAUUUUAGUACUGGUCCAGUUUUAAUGGUCUCUGUCAAUACUUAGAACAUUCAGUGGUCUUUUACUUGACUGUGUGGAUACGUAUAAUUUGAUGACAAAGGUCUUUUACGGAUAUCCUGUUGAUACGAAUUAAACACAGAGGCUGGGAUGAAACUGGCCUGGUCCUGUGAUGGAGAAUGAAUUGGAAAUGCAGCUGCUGGGCAGAAGAGGACAGGUCCACAGCGAGUUAUCUACCGCCUCAAUUCACCACUGCUGGGGGAAAAGCGUGUAAAAAGUGAUUCCAAAGACGCCCUAGCCCUGUCCGACGGGAGUAGCUCUCUGGCACCACGGACGAUGGUGUGCAACGACCAUUACGCCUCUGGGAUAUAUGGGUGGCGGAAACGGUGCCUGUAUUGUUCCAUUGUAUUCCUCCUCUCCGCCAUGAUCAUCAACUUCGCCCUAACCGUAUGGAUACUCAGAGUCAUGGACUUCUCAAUAGACGGCAUGGGGAAGUUACGAAUCACAAAGAAAGGAGUUCGUUUGGAGGGAGACGUUGAGUUCAUCAAAAAUAUGAAAGUUUCAAAAAUUGGAUCAUAUAAGAAUAAGCCAUUGAAAAUACAGUCGGACACAAACAUAUCUAUGCAAACUACAGUGAAUGAUGUGGUUAGAAGUAAACUCAUCUUAGCGAACAAUAGAAUAGAAGCAUAUAGCGACGCCUUUGAGGUGAAAAACGCAAAAGGACGCCAGCUGUUCUAUGCAGACAGUAAGAAAGCAGUGCUUGGGGCAGAAAUUCUUAAAAUAACAGGUGCCAAAGGAGCUGCAUUUAAUGGUUCCGUCCAAACACCAAGAGUACGUUCGGAUGCAUAUCACAAUCUCAGGUUGGAGUCUCCCACAGAAUAUGUCCAAGUGUCUGCCCCACGCGGUGUCAAUCUCUUCUCUCCGGCUGGAGAAAUCAGCAUCACAAGCCUUUAUGACAUGAAGAUACAGUCAUUAGAUAAUGCAAUCCGGUUAGACUCCGACAAUGUCCAAUUUUUAAAUCUUCCUGUCAGUGAACCAAUUGGAGAUGGGACGCGCUAUCCUGGAGUGUAUCAACUAUGCAUAUGUGGCCACAAUGGACGACUGUUCUUGGCCCCUCCAGACUCUAGUUGCGCUGCUGUGGAGAAUACCUGCACGUAGCAAAAUGUUUCUGAGUUUUACUACGAUUUUCACCCAGAUCGAAGUACAAGCUAUCAGAACUGGUUUGAGGACCAUGGGCCGGGUUUACAUAGAGUUACAAGACACGUGUGACAUUAAGAACGAACAUGUCAUUUCAAACAAGUGGGUUACAUAGGAUUCACUUUGUCACAUUUCACUAUCCUGUUUUUAAGUAUGAGUUAAUGAACGAACAUGCUCUUGAUAAGUGACAAGACACGUGAAAUCCGGAUUUAUGACAACGAGAAUCCUAUGAUAUAAACUCAGCCUUAUCGAGCAAUGGUAUGAUUAGAAGAAAAUGUGUGGAAUUUUUAGCAGUGUGGGCAGCUGAAACAUGGUAAAGGAAGGAGCAAUCGAUCCGUUUGCGUUUCAGUUAUCAGCAUAAAUAUUAAGGUAAUUAUCCUAUCAUCAGCAUAAAGAUACAUUUGUGAUAUAUGCUGAGGAGAUAUAGUUGAAGAGAUUUCAAACAGCAAGCGUUUCUUGUGUGUGGGUGUCAUUAAAUGUUGAUCUGGACUCAUGUAUUCGAACUUUUCAUUCAAUGCCAUUCUUUAUAUCAACAAAGGCGCAUGCAUGUUCACAAUAUUGUUUUUGCAACUAGCAAAGUGGAAGAUAAUGCUGCUAGAGAUAUUAAAGAUGAUGAUGGUGACGAUACAAAUAAUGAUGAAGAUGAUUGUGAUGAUUAUGAUGGUGGUGGUAUGACGAUGAUGAUAACAUCACACUGGUAUUUAUUACUUUAUCACCAUUGCAUAAUUGCUAAUACAAGUUUCUCAAUGAGAAAUACAUGUACGUCGUAUAAUUUUGAUGACUGUCGUGAUUUUUCUUGUGACUCCAUGCUAAGAAAUGUAUGAACAGUUUGUAAAUAUUUCGUGUCAACAUUUGAUGUAAGAAAAUAUAUGUAUAUGUAAAACAAUAAUGUCUAAUAGAAUAAACUCGAAACAUAGAA